AUGGCGCAAGCCGCCAAGCAGCUCCGUAAGACCAAGGACCUCGCAGAGGCCGUCGCCCAGGAGCAGAGGGAGAAGGAGGAGGAGAAGAUCAAAAAGAGGAAUCGGACCAGGGAUCGCAGGCGCAAGGCCGAUGCAUCUACCAGCUUCCUGCGUGCGGCACGUUCAGGGAACCUGGACAAGGCUCACGAUCUCUUGAAGAAUGGACUCAACAUCAACAUAGCCAAUCAAAAUGGUCUCAACGGGUUGCACCUGGCCUCUAAAGAAGGCCACGUCAAAAUGGUCCUGGAGCUUCUACACUCCGGCAUUCAGCUGGAAGCCACCACCAAGAAAGGGAACACGGCUCUCCAUAUCGCAGCGCUGGCAGGGCAGGAGAAAGUGGUGGCUGAGCUCGUCAACUAUGGUGCCAACGUCAACGCCCAGUCACACAAAGGGUUCAGUCCUCUCUACAUGGCCGCACAGGAGAAUCACUUAGAGGUGGUAAAGUUCCUGCUCGAGAACGGUGCCAAUCAGAGUCUCCCAACCGAGGACGGCUUCACCCCCCUGGCAGUAGCCCUCCAGCAGGGCCACGAAAAUGUUGUGGCACUACUCAUCAACUAUGGCACUAAGGGCAAGGUCCGCCUCCCAGCGCUGCACAUCGCCGCACGGAACGAUGACACGCGCACCGCCGCCGUGCUCCUGCAGAACGAUCCAAACGCUGAUGUUCUCAGCAAGACUGGUUUCACACCUCUCCAUAUUGCAGCCCACUAUGAGAACAUGAGCGUAGCCCAGUUGCUGCUGAACAGAGGAGCCAAUAUAAACUUCACCCCCAAGAAUGGCAUCACACCCAUUCACAUAGCCGCCAGGAGGGGCAAUGUGAUGAUGGUCAGACUACUGCUGGACAGAGGAGCACAGAUUGAUGCCGUAACUAAGGAUGAGCUGACUCCUCUCCACUGUGCAGCCAGGAAUGGCCACGCUCGCAUCAUUGAGAUCCUGCUGGAACACGGUACUCCCAUCCAGGCGAAAACCAAGAACGGUCUGUCCCCCAUCCACAUGGCAGCUCAGGGGGAUCACAUGGACUGUGUCAAGCAGCUACUGCAGUACAACGCAGAGAUCGAUGACAUCACGCUGGACCAUUUAACCCCUCUUCAUGUAGCAGCCCACUGUGGUCACCAUCGGAUGGCCAAAGUCCUACUGGACAAGGGGGCCAAAGCCAACGCACGAGCUCUGAAUGGCUUCACACCUCUCCAUAUUGCCUGCAAGAAGAACCACAUGCGGUCCAUGGACCUGCUGCUCAAGCACUCUGCUUCCCUAGAAGCUGUCACAGAGUCUGGUCUCACUCCUCUUCAUGUAGCAGCUUUCAUGGGCCAUCUGAACAUCGUAAAGAACCUUCUCAAGAGAGGGGCUUCACCUAAUGCUUCCAAUGUGAAAGUGGAGACCCCCCUCCACAUGGCCGCCAGAGCAGGACACUGUGAAGUGGCUCAGUUCCUGCUGCAGAACACGGCGCAGGCGGACGCUAGGGCUAAGGAUGACCAGACACCUCUACACUGUGCGGCCCGCAUGGGCCACAAGGAGCUGGUCAAGUUGCUUCUUGAGCACAAGGCCAGCCCCGACUCGGCAACCACUGCAGGCCACACACCCUUACACAUCUCUGCACGUGAAGGACACAUCCACACCAUCCGGAUCUUGUUGGAUGCUGGGGCACAUCAGACCAAGAUGACGAAGAAAGGCUUCACUCCCCUCCACGUGGCCUCUAAAUAUGGGAAAGUGGAUGUGGCCGAGCUCCUUCUGGAGAGAGGGGCCAACCCUAACGCAGCUGGGAAGAACGGUCUGACACCCCUUCAUGUGGCCGUCCAUCACAACAACCUGGAUGUUGUUAGACUCCUGGUCAGCAAGGGAGGAUCUGCACACAGCACUGCCCGAAACGGCUACACUUCCCUGCACAUAGCGGCCAAGCAGAACCAGAUGGAGGUGGCCAGUUGUCUGCUGCAGAAUGGGGCAACGCCCAAUGUCGAGUCCCUCCAAGGCAUCACGCCCCUACACCUGGCUUCACAGGAGGGGCGGUCGGACAUGGUGGCCCUGCUCAUCUCCAAACAGGCCGACGUCAAUCAAGGAAACAAGAGCGGGUUGACCCCGCUGCAUCUUGUGGCUCAGGAAGGUCACGUGGGAAUCGCUGACACGUUGGUCAGACAAGGAGCCUCCGUUUCCGCUGCUUCACGGAUGGGCUACACACCCCUUCAUGCUGCCUGUCACUAUGGCAACAUCAAGAUGGUGAAGUUCCUUGUGCAGCAGCAGGCUCAUGUGAACAGCAAGACACGGUUGGGCUACACCCCUCUGCACCAGGCAGCGCAGCAGGGCCACACGGAUAUUGUCACCUUGUUGUUGAAACACGGAGCGCAGCCCAAUGAGGUUACUUCGAACGGGACGUCUCCCCUGGGUAUUGCCAAACGGCUGGGUUACAUCUCCGUCAUUGAUGUGCUCAAACUGGUGACCGAGGAGUCUGUCUCCGCGAUCACGACUGAGAAGCAUCGGAUGAGUUUCCCUGAGACCGUCGAUGAGAUUUUGGAUGUUUCGGAGGAUGAAGGUGUUGCCCAGCUAAGUUUAGGAGACGAGUUGCUCGGGAUGGAUGGAGCACGCUAUUUGAAGCUUGAUGACUUCAAGGACCAGGACGAUGACUUCCUCUCUCCAAAGAAAUCCAUGAGAGAAUUUGAGGGUGGCUUGGGAACCACGCCGUAUUCUCCUGCUAUUCCCAGGAUCCCUUGCGUGUCCCCAGAGACUGUACUGCUGGAUCAGCACACCCCCAUCCCCCUGCCGAAGGAGUAUGAUGAUGACUCUCUGAUCCCGAGCAGCCCGGCUACAGAGACUUCGGACAACGUCAGCCCCGUGGCCAGCCCCAUUCACACCGGCUUCCUGGUGAGUUUCAUGGUGGAUGCUCGAGGAGGCUCCAUGCGAGGCAGCAGACACCACGGCCUGCGAGUUAUCAUCCCUCCUCGAACCUGCACUGCACCGACACGCAUUACCUGCCGCCUGGUCAAACCUCAGAAACUGACCACACCUCCUCCGCUGGUGGAGGGGGAGGGGCUCGCUAGCCGAAUCAUCUCCCUCGGGCCAUCGAGCAUGCAGUUCCUUGGGCCAGUAAUAGUAGAAAUUCCCCACUUUGCCUCUCUGAGACGAGGGGACCGAGAGCUUGUGGUCCUCCGCAGCGAAAAUGGCUCAGUCUGGAAGGAACAUCGCAAUCGCUAUGGUGACGAAGUGCUGGAAACUAUUCUGAAUGGCAUGGAUGAAGAAUUGGAGAGUCACGACGAACUGGACAAGAAGAGAAUCCGUCGGAUCAUCUCCACCGACUUCCCCCUCUACUUCGCUGUGGUCUCCCGCAUUCAGCAGGAGAGCGAUCUGAUUGGUCCGGAGGGCGGCCGGCUGAUCAGUAAGCUGGUGACCCACGUCGAGGCCAUCUUCCCCGAGACGGCCGUCACCAAGAAAGUGCGACUGGGGCUGCAGGCGCAGCCAAUCCCCGAUGAGAUGCUGACUCGUCAGAUUGGUAACCAGGCGACCUUCAGCCCAGUGGUCACCAUCGAACCACGCCGACGCAAAUUUCACCGUCCAAUCGGGUUGCGCAUCUCUUUGCCGCCAUCCUGGCGGGAGAGUCCGCGGGAUGCCGGGGAGGGUGACACCACCAGCCUGCGCCUGCUCUGCAGUGUCAUUGGUGGGACAGCGCCAGCUCAGUGGGAGGACAUCACUGGAACCACCAAGCUGAUGUAUGCCCACAGCUGUGCCAACUUUACCACCAAUGUUUCGGCAAGAUUCUGGCUGGCAGACUGUCCACGCACGGCAGAGGCAGUGACCUUUGCCAAUUUGCUGUACCGGGAGCUGAUGUCUGUUCCAUAUAUGGCCAAGUUUGUUAUUUUUGCUAAGAUGAAUGAAGCACGGGAGGGCCGCUUGCGUUGUUACUGCAUGACAGAUGACAAGAUGGACAAAACACUGGAGCUGCAUGAAAACUUCACCGAAGUGGCCCGCAGUCGAGACAUUGAGCUGAUGGAGGGCAUGCCGCUGCACCUCGAGUGUUCUGGGAACCUCGUGCCCAUCCGGAAGGCCACCCAGCAGCCUCGCAGCUUCAGCUUCCAGGCCUUCAGAGAUAACCGGCUGCCUGUCUCCGUCAAGGUCAGAGAUAGUAACAAGGAUGCCACUGGGAUUUUGUCCUUCCUGCGGAAGUGCACCAAGUACGAGGACACACAGCACGUACUGUGUAACCUAAACAUAACCAUGCCACCCUGUGUGAAGGUUGUUGGAAGUGAGGAGCGCAGGCGAACCCUAACCCCCCUCGCCCUGAGGGAGCGCUACAGUGCACUGAACGAGCCGGGCGUGGCCACAGUGAACGCCAUGGAGCGGACGGAGAUCAAAAUCAACAUCAUAUCUGAACAGCUCGGUUUGAGCUGGGCAGAGUUGGCUCGUGAGCUUCAGUUUGCUGUGGACGACAUCAACCGGAUUCGUGUCGAGAAUCCAAACUCCCUGCUGGACCAAAGCUCUGCGCUGCUCAACCUGUGGGUCGGCAGGGAAGGCAAACGGGCCAAGAUGGAGAGCCUGCACACUGCUCUGAGGAACAUCGACCGUGCAGACAUUGUGACGUCUCUGGAGAGUCAGGUGCCACAGCCCGCGCCCGGUUUCUUAGAGGAGGGGGCCUGUCGACUCGGAGACCGCGACUCCACCCUGCUGUCCCCCGGUGUCUUCAAUGAGGUCAAGGACAAAAGGUCACCGCGCCUCAUGCACAAGCCACGAGUUAUUAGACCCCCGUUUUUCAGAAGGGGUUAUGGGCUGGUGCAGGAGGAGCUGCUGUCUCCGGCCUCCAUGCAGUACGGCUUGCCCUCCCCGCUGGGCUCAGAGCCCUACUGGCAGGAAGUGUCCAUCCUCGAGUGUGCCCCAAUCGCCACCACCGAAGAAGACACAUUAAUGGAGAUGUCGGACGUUCAGGUGUGGCCGGCGGGGCUCAGCCCCUCGCUGGUCACGGUGGAGGACUCGUCCCUAGACGGCAGCAGUCGGGCAGACGACUCGGAGGGCGCCACACUCUCCCUUCCCUGCAGCUUGGGUCGCCCGAGCAGUGGAGCAAGUGGGGCCAGUGUUUCCAUCAUGGAGCUGGAGGAGGAGGAGGAGGAGGAGGAUGAGGAGGAAGUGGAGGUUGAAGAGGAGGAGGCGCCACAGGAGCCAGCAACUUUACUGGCAGAAUGGGACAGGGUGAGGGCCAGUGGUGCUGUACCCAAGGUCAACCUAAAUGGCCAGCUGGGAGGUCAGAGGUUGGAUGGGAGGAGAGGAGAGGUCCUUGCAGCAGGAGGAGGAGGAGGAGGAGGUGUGGAGUUGGGUUCAGUGGAAGGGAUUUCUGUUGUUGCAGGCCAGCAGGUGUAUGUCCAGCGGUAUGAGACGUCAGGACUGAGUCGGUCAUCGGAGCACAAUGGAGAUAAGCGCGUGGUGGGAGGCGAAGCAUUUCAACCUUACUUAGCAGACAAGGACUCCCUGCAGGCCUGGGUGGGCUCGGUGUCAUCGGCACGCGACGGCGCCGUGCCAGGCUUGAGCGCGGCCCCGGAGGCUGUGCCGACUCCGAAAGAGGAGAAAGAGGACCGUGCUGCUGAGGUGCAGUUUGUGGAUGAGCACGGGCGGGUGCUCGCCAGAAGGGUGGGGGUGGAUGUGAGAAAGGACACCAGUCUGCGGAGAGUUAAACACUGAAAUACACACACUACCCAGUCCUCCAGGACCGGAAAGCCACUGCCAAAUCAUCCUACACAAAAACAACACAACCAGGCCGCAGAGGGAAAUGAGCGAGGGAGGAGAGGAAGAGCAAGACAAAGACUUAAGAAGUGAAAACUACAAAAUGACAAACACAGAAUCCUCGUCCUCAGCGGGUGACCGGCUGAGACCACAAAAGAAAAAGGGACAGAGACAGAGAAAAAAAAGAGGAAUUCAACUUGUAGUUUUAUAACAUUUGUAAAGAAAAACAUCAAUUAGAGUAAGGCAUGAUUCUUCUUCUAUUUUUGUUUGUUUUUUUACAACAACAAAAAACAUAAAUGUCAGUAAAACAACCAAGAAAAAAAAAAUGCCACAAAAAGUGCUUCCUGUGAACUGUAAUCGCAUGAUGACUGCUGGUGCAUGCCCUUUGACCUUUUGAACUGUCAUUAUCUACAAACCGAAGGGGUACAAGGUACGGGGCUGGCCCAUUCUUUGGCCACAGGCCAUUUCAAGGACCUAUUCCCCCCCAACUGGAGUGGUUUGUGUCAGCAAGUGGAGUCCGAUAACACUACAGCCCCAACAAAAAAAAGAGUCCCUGAACGGAUCACCUGUACACAGCUGAGCCGACCGGAGCUUCUUUCACUGGAUCCUUCCCCCUGUUAUUCUCAAUGUGAUAUAUGCACUCUAUGCGAUGUGGACAUGUGUCAGUGUGCGUAUGUGUGCGUAUGUGUGCGUAUAUGUGCGCGUAUUCUUCUGUACCGCAUGUGUUUCUUGCCUCUAACUUGCUGCUGAGCUCUGCCUAAUGAUUGGCUCUCUGGCCCUGUGAUGUCACGGCCCGCUCAGUGCUGGAAGGGGAAGCCGCUGUGCCGCUCGUGAGUGUUUCUGUCUGCGCGUGCUGUCGUCUUUUCCUUUGUGGAUGAACUUCUUUUUUUUUCGCAGCCUGUCCACCUUGUUGUUGUGUUUACUUUUUAUGAUGAGUGUUUGGUAUUGUCUAACCACGGUUGAGAACUGAAUUUCUUUCACCCCUCGUGUUCUUCGGAAAGGGGUCGGUUGCUUGAUUGUUUUGUGCAGCAGCUCUUCGACACAAAGAUUGACGCUUUUCUCCCCCGUGACCUUUUCUACCUUCUUCCGUCAUUUCUCCCAGUAGCGCACGUCACCUCGUCACCUUCACAGUCUUUAUCAGUAGCCUCCGUCAAUAUGCAGUGAACUCACAGGCCUCUUCAUCAGCGUCCAUAGCUCCUCCAUCGAAUGCUCAACAACCUUCCUCGUGCGCUCCAUCUUCACCUGUUUGCGUCGGCUGUAGCGCCUCGCCGUCAGAUGCAAGUCUAUCCGUAUGAAACCAAGUGAAUGAAGUGGAAAAAAACACGGAGGAUGUGAUUGUUUGAGCGUGUAGGGAUUUGGAGUCGUGCGCUUCAAUGGUAGCAAGUCUGAAAUGGCAUUGUGAUACCACAGGAAUGGAACAUGGCAUUGUGAUAAGAACAGACAGGUAACACUGUGAUUGUCUUAUCAGCACUGACCCCAGACUCGUGAACAAAACAUAAGCACACACACACACAAUCAGAAGCAUCGUGUCACAAUGAAAUAGCUAUUGCCUGGUGUGAGUGUUAGAUGUUGGAGUUUGCCACAGCAAUAAUGCAAGAACGCAGAAGAUGGAAGCCAGUGGUUCUGUAGGUCUUCGUGAAGGACUGGGAAAUGAAAGCUCCUCUGUGAAGACAACGGUCCAGGCGAACAUUAUUGGAGUCUGGCGUCGGGGCGGCUGUGCUUUAUCGGACUGGUUCCGUCGUCCUUGGCGGGAAGUAGUCCAAGAAGACAAACAAGACCCGACGAUCCAGCUUUAGCAGGAGGCCUGGGAGGGGGCGUUUGUUUUUCAGCACCCAACGUAGCAAAACAUAAACCAGGGUAUGUUAACCUAACUCACUGAUACCUACCGAGGAGUCUGCUGCUGCCGUGAGGUGGAAGCCACCCAGCUCCACUGUCUCUGUCUGUGUAGUUUGAGUUGUACACGAUAGUGGCUUCACUGUAAACCACCCACUAAGCACUUCCUUUUAGCCAGAAACCUGACGGCAUUACUAUGAAGGCGUUCAUAUCAUAGUAGCACACAUUCUCCUGGACAUCAAAACACAAUAUUUGAGUACUGUAAAUGUUACUGUAGCCUGAAUGAGUGAGACACCAAGUGAACGCAUCCAUUUGUUGCGCAGCACACAGAUGCACAUUCUUUUCCAUGCCCGGCCUGCGCACACGAGAGCCUCAUCCGAUACGGCACAUGUUUAUUACAUAGCACACGUUUUCCACACUGUUACUCCACUCAGGUUUUCAGUUCUGCUCUGUCAGAAUCAAAGUGUUUUCCUUUUUAAGUUCCGAGUCCUCCUCUCAAAGACGUGUGUGGGACACAAAGCGAGCGCUUCUGAAUAAGACUUUGGUUGUUGGGGCCGUUUUGGGGCAGAAUGGGGAUACACAGGAGCCUGGGGAGGAUGGUAUGGAGGAGGGUUGUGUGUGUGUGUGUGUGUGUGUGUGUGUGUGUGUGUGUGCGUGUGUGCGUGUGUGUGGUGGUGGUUGAUUCAAAUAAGACCAAAGAGGAGACAGAGUGUCGAGCAUGUGCUUCAGUAACCACUCAGCUCUGCUAAGCGAGUGAUGAACACAAUGAAAUAAAAAAAGGAGUUGGUCGAGCAUUAUUCCUUCUACAAAGAAGUAAACCAAGUUAAACAAGACUACAUUUUAUAAAACAAAGUUCCCAACAUCGCCAGAUGAAGCUGUGCUGACAGAAUAUGACUCCCUCAAUCUCCAAAGCGACUAUAGUUAGUCUCUACGUCUUGUUCUGUAUCAGCACAAGAAAGAGGUGGAGAAUCACCUCACGAUUCAGUAUAUAGUCGAUUCUUUGUUAGUGGAGGAAGCCGCCUUUCCCGCUUAGGAUCCUAAUUGCAUAGCCAGGCCAGAAGGAUUCACAAGAGACAAAGCGUGAGCUCGGCGAGAGCGGGGGACAACAAUAAAAUGGUGCAUGGACGUGUCUCAAGCAAUAUGCAAGGAUUAGAGUCAAGCUGCCUUCUUUAGUCAUUAGGAUGAAUCCUGGUUGAGUAUUAUUGGACAUUAAACUAAUGAGUACACGUGGGAACAACCUUUUCUUUGGUGGAUAACCAAAAAGAUAGGAUAGGACUCAUGACCUCAGUAUUUCUAAAAGUCUAACUAUGGCCCUCGCAGCGUCUCCCGGCCUGUUUUCUGCCCCCCGGUGGUUGAUGCACGCCAUGGCGCCAAAUCAACAGGGACUCAAAUUAUUAAUCUGAGCCAUUAUCCUUCUGUUUGAUUGACAUCUAAUAAUAACUUCUGAAUUAAAAGAACUCAAUGUGAAAUAAAUUCAACUCCACCAUGUUUGUGUGUGAGUGUGCACGUGCGUGUGUGAGUGUGCACGUGCGUGUGUAAG